AUGCCGGUGGAGGACCCCAUCGUGUCCACGGACGAGGUCAUCUUUCCCCUGACCAUCUCUCUCGACAAGCUGCCCCCUGGCACCGUCAAGGCCAAGGUGAGCCACCACUCGGGCGAGGUGCCCGUGGGUGCCUUCUGCCGCGUGGCCAGCGCCGGCUCGGCUUGUCCCUGCGCCCUCAGCGCCCUCGAGGAGCACAACUUCCUCUUCCAGCUCCAGGCGCCCGAGAGGCCCCCCGAGGACGCCAAGGAGGGCUUGGAGGUCCCGUUGGUGGCCGUGAUCCAGUGGUCGACGCCAAAACUGCCCUUCACCAGCAGCAUCUACACGCAUUACCGGCUGCCAAGCAUCCGCCUGGAGCGGCCGCGCUUCGUGAUGACGGCCGCCCGCGAGGCGCCGGAGGGCGCACAGGGUGGAGGACAUGGUGGUGGCACACGGGAUGGGGCACAUGGGACAGUGCACGGGGUGAGGCACAUGGUGGUGGCACAUGAGAUGUGGGACAUGACAGUGACACACGGGAUGGGGGACAUGGUAGUGGCACAUGGGAUGGGGGAUAUAGGGUGGCACAUGCAGUGA